AUUGGACAGAUAGGGAUGCUGAUGGAGAUAAUGGCUGAAGAAAAGGCAGCACUUGUUUUGUCGGGGAAGGAGGUGGCUCAAGAUGUCCGCAAUAAGUUGAAAGAGCAGGUCGCUACCCUCAAAAAGGAGUUCCCCGAGUUUGCACCUGGACUAGCCAUUGUACAGGUUGGAGCACGUGAAGACAGUAAUGUGUACAUCCGCAUGAAGAUAAGAGCAGCCGAGGAAAUCGGAAUCAGAGCCCAACAUAUCCAAUUUCCCCAAUCCAUUACACAGUCACAGCUUGUCCAAGAGGUUAAGAAGCUGAACAAUGACCCAAACAUCCAUGGCAUGAUUGUCCAGAUGCCCCUUGAAUCAGACAAUGAAAUAGAUUCAGACCUCGUUUUGGACACCAUUUCCCCUGAUAAGGAUGUGGAUGGGUUAACAACAGCAAGUGCCGGCAAACUUUCUCAUGGCAUGCUAGGUGGUGGGUUCUUGCCAUGCACUCCCAAUGGCUGCAUGGAACUCAUCAGAAGAUCGGGUGCCAAGAUUCAGGGAGCAAGUGCAGUCGUUUUGGGCCGCAGUAAGAUUGUCGGCACACCUAUGGCUGAGCUCCUAAAGUGGCAUCACGCUACUGUCACCACCUGUCAUUCUCGCACAGCAGACCUGGAAGGAACUGUACGAACUGCUGACAUUUUGGUGGUAGGGAUUGGAAGACCUCAGUUUGUGAAAGGCUCCUGGGUUAAGCCAGGGGCUGUGGUCAUUGACUGUGGCAUUAAUGCUAUUCCAGAUCCUACCAAGAAAUCAGGAAGCCGUCUUGUAGGAGAUGUAGAUUAUGCUGAAGCCUCAAAGGUGGCAUCUGUCAUCACACCUGUGCCUGGUGGUGUAGGACCUAUGACUGUUGCUAUGCUCAUGCAAAAUACAGUCAUAUCUGCUCAGAAGGCAGCUGCUCAGAUGCGAGUCCACGAUUGGAAGAUCAGAUACUUGCCUCUUGAACCUUUGGAAAAGGUUCCCAGUGACAUAGAGGUUGCUCGUGCCCAGACACCCAAGGACAUUGCAGAGCUUGCAGAUGAGAUUGGUCUUCUGCCUUCCGAGGUUGACAUGUAUGGCAAGAAGAAAGCAAAAGUGUCUCUGUCCGUGUUGCAGCGUCUUGCAUCACAGCAGGAUGGCUGCUAUGUUGUUGUUGCAGGCAUUACUCCAACCCCACUGGGAGAGGGGAAGAGCACAACCACCAUUGGUCUCGCUCAAGCCCUCGGUGCACAUCUAAAAAAGAAUGUGUUUGCUUGUGUCCGCCAACCUUCCCAGGGACCCACUUUCGGCAUCAAAGGAGGUGCUGCUGGUGGAGGCUACUCUCAGGUGAUUCCAAUGGACGAGUUCAACCUCCACCUGACUGGUGACAUCCAUGCAAUCACAGCAGCCAAUAACCUUCUAGCUGCCCAGAUUGAUGCCAGAAUGUUCCAUGAGUCCACACAAACAGAUCAGGCUCUCUACAACCGCCUUGUUCCUAAGCUGAAAACUGGGAGAGAGUUUUCCAAGAUCCAGCUGAAUCGCCUGAAGAAGCUGGGUAUUGUAGAAACCAACCCAGACAAACUGACAGAGGAGGAAAUAACAAAGUUUGUACGACUGAAUAUUGAUCCAGCUACCAUCACAUGGCAGAGAGUCUUGGACACAAAUGACAGGUUCCUGCGUAAGAUAACAAUUGGCCAGAGUCCAACUGAGAAGGAUAAGACACGUGAAUGCCAGUUUGACAUCAGUGUGGCCAGUGAAAUUAUGGCUGUUCUGGCCCUGACCACCUCUCUGGGCGACAUGAGGGAGCGGCUUGGCAGGAUGGUCGUGGCUUCAGACACUUCUGGGAACCCAGUCACAGCUGAGGAUCUUGGUGCCAGUGGAGCAUUGACUGUGCUAAUGAAGGAUGCCAUUCGACCAAACCUUAUGCAAACUCUGGAGGGGACACCAGUGUUUGUCCAUGCAGGACCUUUUGCCAACAUUGCACAUGGGAAUUCCUCCAUUCUGGCUGACAAGAUUGCACUCAAGCUUGUUGGAAAUGAUGGAUUUGUAGUCACUGAGGCUGGUUUUGGUGCUGACAUUGGCAUGGAGAAGUUCUUCAAUAUCAAGUGCCGUUACUCUGGCUUGGUGCCAAAUGCAGUAGUUUUGGUGGCAACCGUGCGAGCACUCAAAAUGCAUGGCGGAGGUCCAACAGUCUCCCCUGGAGUUCCACUUCCUGCAGCCUAUACAGAUGAAAACUUGGAGCUUGUUGAAAAGGGCUUCAGCAACUUGGGCAAACAGAUUGAGAAUGGUCGCAUGUUUGGCGUUCCAGUAGUCGUUGCAAUCAAUGCGUUUGCAUCAGACACAGAGGCAGAACUUGGACUGAUCAAGAAACUGGCACUUGGAGCAGGUGCAUCUGAUGCAGUCAUUUGCAACCACUGGGCCAAGGGAGGCUCAGGUGCUGUGCAGCUUGCAGAAGCUGUUGCUAAAGCUUCCAGCCAACCCUCAGACUUCAAGUUCCUAUACGACUUAGAGCUGCCAAUUGAGGAGAAAAUUAGGACCAUUGCUCAGAAGAUUUAUGGUGCAGAUGAUGUUGAGAUUAAACCAGAAGCACAAGAACAGAUUAAUCGCUACAGGAAGCAGGGCUUCAAUGACCUUCCAAUCUGCAUGGCCAAGACCCACCUCUCCCUGACAUCUGACCCAAGCCUAAAGGGAGCUCCAAAGGGCUUCACCAUCCCUGUGAGGGACGUCCGGGCUUCAGUUGGAGCAGGAUUCCUCUAUCCUCUCAUUGGCACGAUGAGCACAAUGCCAGGACUCCCCACAAGGCCUUGCAUAUAUGACAUUGAUCUGGACUUGGAAACGGAAGAAGUUCUGGGACUCUUCUAGAAUCAUGAAGAUUGAAAGAAAAAGAGAGAAAGAGAAGAAAAAGGUCAUUUGCUCAAAAUUGUUACAGGGUACAAGUUCCUUGAUGUGAUAUAUUUGUGCCAUUUUUGUGUUUUAUUUUGUAUAUGAAAAAUAACAAAAUGUAAGGAUGGUUUACAUUCUAGAAAGUUUAGUUGCAUGAUAUAUAAAUAUAUGGAAUGUAUCUUUAGGCAAAAUGGAAUAUAUUGUUGAUGUUGUAUUUGCAAAGGUUAUUUUUGUGGUUGAUUCAAAUACAAAGGAUUUGGGUA